UGUUGGGACGAAGUACAAUAGGAAAUGUUGUUAGAGAAACUUGUCAGGUUCUAUGGAACACCCUACAGCCUGAAGAAAUGCCAGAGCCUAAUCCAGACCAAUGGAUAGAAAUAGCCAAUAAAUUUUAUUUGAAAACCAACUUUCCAAAUUGUGUAGGGGCAGUCGAUGGCAAACAUAUUCGUUGUAUGAAACCCAUUAAUUCCGGAUCAAUGUUCUACAAUUAUAAAAAGUAUUUUUCCAUUGUAUUAAUGGCUGUAGUGGACGCAGAGUAUAGCUUUAUUUCAAUCGAUGUCGGUGCAUACGGUAAGGAGGGUGAUUCUACAAUUUUCAAAAAUUGUCCAUUCGGAAAAAAACUAUAUUCUGAACAAUUAAAUCUACCAGCACCUGUUGUUCUUCCAAAUACAGACAAUUUUCCGCAGCCUUUCGUGGUAAUAGGCGAUGAAGCUUUCGGACUACACAAAAAUCUUUUAAGACCAUACCCUGGACGAGGUCUCACACAAAAAAGAAAAAUUUUCAACUAUCGUCUAUCAAGAGCUCGAAGGUACGUAGAAUGCGCUUUUGGAAUACUCGCAAAUAAAUGGCGUGUUUUUCAUAGUGCUAUUCUAGUUGAACCCGAUUUUGCUGACGACGUUAUUAAAGCAUGCUGUAUUUUACAUAAUUAUGUUAGACGAAGGGAUGGUUAUAACUUCGAAGACACCCUCUCAAACUCUUUGGAAGACAUUCAAAAUGAAAAUAAUUCUGGAGCUCGUCAACAAGGAUUAGAUGUUCGAGAAUAUUUUGCUGAAUAUUUUAUGGAAGCAGGAGCAGUUCCGUUUCAAUAUCGAUUUGUUUGA